AGCUCUCUCUCACUCGUGCCAUGGCUUGUUGCAAGCUCUACUCCAUGCUGUUCGCCGUCGCGGUCGUCCUCGCUGCCGGCCCUGCAUCGCGGCCCGUAUCAGCAGCGUCCGCGCACCUCCACUUCUACAUGCACGACGUGCUGACGGGCCCGGCGCCGACGGCGGUGCAGGUGCUGAACGGUCCCCGCGGCCACUUCGGCGACACGAUCGUGAUCGACGACGUGCUGACUGAGGCCGCGUCGCCGUCGUCGUCGGCGGUGGGGCGCGCGCAGGGCCACUACAUGUGGGCGUCGACGGGGAACCCGGAGCUGCUGGUGACCAUGAACGUGGUGCUGACGUCGGGCCCCUACGCCGGCAGCUCCGUGACCGUGGUGGGGCGCGACGACAUCGGCGCGCCGGUGCGGGAGCUGUCGGUGGUCGGCGGCACGGGGCAGUUCAGGAUGGCGCGCGGGUACGUGCUGUGGAAGACCGUCAGCCUCGACCACCCCAACGCCGUGCUCGAGCUCGACGUCUUCGUCAGCGCCUGAGCUGCCUGCCGCGCCAUGCAUGGACGCUGACUCAGCGCGACAGCGGCCUGCGUGGGGCGCUCCCUCGUCGACACGUGUCGUACCGACAAUAAUUAAGCUUCUAAUUGUACUGUCAGUGACAAACUAUAUAUAUGCUACGCAUCUAUGUGUAAUGUUAUGUGAUCGACCUAACAUAAGUAACAUCUUUGUAAUAAAUAAUCAAUUGGAUCAACAUCCAAUCAAGUAAUAACAAUCAAUCUUUGUAUGCA